AGAGCUGUUUCGUUCAUGUACCGGAGCGGUUCGUUCUGUGACCCUGUCUGAGUUCUAAUACAGCUCAUUCACUCGGUCACUCGGACGGUACCGGUGCUUCUGUGUCCUUAUUGCGCGCCGGCCGGGUUGCGCUCUCUUACGCACUGAUGGCCAGUUCGGAUGCGGACCUGCUUCUCCAUCCGCAACAUCCACUGACUGACACCGCGUCGGAACCAGCAUUACGCGAGGCUCAGAGAUGGAUAGAGGCAGUCACUGGCAGGAGUAUCGGGGAGAGAGAUUUACGAGGCGGUCUGGAUAACGGCAUCCUGUUGUGCGAGUUGCUGAGUAAGAUUAAACCAGGUCUGGAGAAGAAGAUCAACAGGCUGCAGACUCCUCUCGCUGGACAGGACAACUUGACGCUUUUCCUGAAGGGCUGCGAGGAACUGGGUUUAAAAGGAUCUCAGCUGUUUGACCCUGGAGACCUGCAGGACCCACGUACCAACAAAGGCUCAGACUGCAACAAAAGGCUAAAACAUGUUCUGAUCACAAUCUACUGGUUGGGCCGGGCAGCCAAUAACUGUGCCACGUAUAACGGGCCGACUCUGGACCUGCGAGAGUUUGAAGGGCUGCUCUCACAGAUGCGAAAGGAGGGGGAGGACUUGGAGAGUCCGAAGCGCAGUAUCAGGGACAGCGGUUACAUCGACAGCUGGGAGUCGGAACGCAGCGAGUCUCUGUCUCCGCCGAGGCAUACGAGGGACGACUCGUUUGACAGCCUGGACUCCGUUGGCUCCCGCUCACGCCACACGCCCUCUCCGGACGGCCUUUUUGCCCGCUGCUCCAGCGAUGGUCGGGGCAGCGACUCGGAGUGUGAAGUCCCCCUGAGAAGGGUCCCGGAUAUACGCCGCGAUGACAUGCUGGCUCGCCGGACGUCAUGCAGCGAGCCGCGCACCGCCGUACCCUUCAACCAGUACCUGCCCAACAAGAGCAACCAGACGUCGUACAUGCCCGUCCCACUGCGUAAACAGCGCGGCGAGCGAGACGAGAACUGCAAGAGCUGGAGCAAUGCCACCUCACCUGUGGGAGGAGAGAGACAUUUCAGAUUUUGCCGGAGAGAUAGUGUAUUUGAUGACCCAGAGAGUGUGAGCAUGAUUGAUGUGAGAAAUGAAGAAAACGGGAUGCUGUCACCACACAGUCAGAUACGUCAUGAGCUGAUCCAUGGCCAGUACCACCGGCUGAAGGAUGAGGAUAAUCAGUGGCAGGACGACUUGGCCAAGUGGAAGAGUCGCAGGAGGAGCGUAUCCCAGGACCUGAUAAAGAAAGAGGAGGAGAGGAAGACGAUGGAGAGACUGAUGAGUGUGGAUGAAGAAUCACAACGGCGCAAGAGUAUCAAGACCUACAGAGAGAUAGUGGAGGAGAAGGAGCUUCGUGAGAAGGAACUUUACGCGGCCUACCAAAAGGCUCGAACCCCGGAGGAGGCGGCUGCCGUGCUGCAGCAUUACUCCCAGCGCUUCACCAUCAGCGAGGCCAUAAUGGAGCAGCUCAAACUGCCGCCGCUCCUGGAGCGCAGCGUCUCGGCUGAUCCCACGCGUCACUCUGACCACGUCUCUUCUUCUUCGACGUCAUCACCCAACCCGCUCCGGUACCUCCGGCAGCAGUCACUACCCGCACCCAAGUUCACCGCCACCGUGGAGGCCAGAGUGCCGGGCUACGAUAUGGAACAGGGGAUUAUGGGAAACGGUGGGGGAGGUUCAGGAGGAGCGCGCUCAGGCAGAAGCGUGUCUUUACUCGGACCCAAACCCUUAAGGCACGACAGAGGAACCAAGCAGGAUGCGAUGGUUCGAGUGAACGGUGGAACAGAGAAGAACCACGACACCGGAGAAAAGCCAAACGGUGGGAUGGACAGUCACAGAGAGGAACAGGAGGAUAAAACCAGUGAGGGAGAUUCUUCUCCUCUGCUCUUCUACCCGUCACCUGACCAGAACACAGAAUCAGACAGCACAGACAUGAAGACUUCAGAUGCUCCGUCUACAUCCAUACAAGAACCAUCAGAACCUGCGACUCGCAAUCUGAACCUGGAGCAGUUGAAGAGGGCGGAGACCAAGACAGGACCAGGACCUGAGAGGUCGAGGGAAGACGACACACAAAAAGGAGGACCGCCGACUCGACCCACCUACAUGCCAACGGUCACCAAACCAGCACUGGAACCCACAGAGAGACCUGAAAACCAACGGGUCCCAUUCAGUCCAGAAAAAUCUGAUCCCAGUUCAGGACCGGGAUCCUCUGUAACAGAACCUGUUGAGAAACAACACAGAAAUGUCGCUCCUGUGGUUUUAAAUUUGGUGAAGCGGGGUGAGCACUUUUCUUGGGAUCCUGAGGAAGAGCGCAAACGCCAGGCGAGGUGGCAGCAGGAGCAGGAACGUGCGCUUCAGGAGAAGUACAACCGUGAGCAGGAGAAGCUGAAGCAGGAAUGGGAAAAGGCUCAGAAAGAGGUGGAAGCAGAAGAGAGGAGAUACCAUGAAGAGGAGCGCAAGAUUUUGGAGGAGACAGUAGCUCCACUGACGCCCCACUCGCCCAUUCCCACCUCUCCAUUCCCAGUAACUCUUCAUAGUAAACGCUCGCAGCAUAGCAUCGUUCGCUCACUGGCUGACUGGGAACGCAAGCAGGAGGAGCUGGAAAAGCAGAUGAAGAAGACCUUGGAGAAAAAGAAACAAAGUGCAAAUGUGAGGAGCGAGACCUCAGAAAGCCCUCAGCAGCAGAACUGUGUGAACAACAGGCAGACAGAAGGAACAGGGGAACAGAACCAGGGUCCGAACCAACUACAGACCAAUCAGGAUGUGUCACUAAGCAGUAAGCAGCACCAACAGCAGAAGCAGAAUUCAUCUCCAGAUUCCCAGCAAAAGAGCACAUCACAGGAUUCCAUCAAAAAUAACCAACCAGCGCCCGGUGGACGUAAAAGGUCUGGUUCUGUAGAAAACGCUGGUUCAAAGUCACCUCAGCCCACCUCAUAUACAGAUACACAACAACCUCCUCCAUCACCAAACAGAUCCGUCAGUGGGAAGAAGCAGUGCUCCAGUUGUGGCCUUCCGCUCGGCAAAGGGGCGGCCAUGAUAAUCGAGACUCUUAGCCUUUACUUUCACAUUCAGUGCUUUAAGUGUGGGAUCUGUAAGGCACAGUUAGGGGACACCAGCGCUGGAACGGACGUGAGGAUCCGGAACGGUCUGCUCAACUGUAAUCAGUGCUACAUCCGCUCACGCUCUGCUGGCCAACCCACCAACCUGUGAACAGACGUUGUGAUUUUGGAGCACCUCAAACAUCUCUGUCUCAGAAACUCACCACCUUUUUCCAUAAUUACCAGUGCUUGCAGUGGCCACCUACAUCUUAAUCAAUCGAUUAUUUCAUUAAAAGCCAAAUAUGAAGAUCCAGAUUCUUUACAUUGUGUCAAAAGGCUAUUUCAUUUACCCAGUUUAUGAAUAAAUAAUGUAAAUAAAAUACAGUAAACACUUAACACUGGAUCUAUACAAAAUAGACAAUGAAUCUGAUGACACUUAAGUCUUAAAAACCAGCAUAGAUACACCAGGGGUGUGUUCGAAAACCUAGUGAGCUGCCUUGCUGUCUUACUGUCCACACAGGCAGAGAGGAUUAGUAAGUACGUAGAGAGGAUUCUAAUAAGUCAUCGACUUAUAAGUCAGGUUAUUCGAACGCGCUACUUAGACAGAGUUUACAUCGGGUUUUACUUACUAAGCUAACACAGUUAGCACCAUGCCAUUCAAACCAAUGGGAUGAGGUGGCACAACGCGCUAGCAUGUCAACUCGCAUCUCUCUCCGUGUACCGAAAAAGGUUCAACUGUCCCUGAUGAGCCCAAACUUGCAAAUAAAUGCACUUGUACACAUUUAUACCAAUUAAAAGCCAAAUUAUAAUUUAUUUACAUUUGAAAAUAAGUCGGUUAUAUAAGUCCUUAAGUGUUAUCUUUUUCUGUGAGAAAAGUCGUGCCGCACUGAAUGCUGGGAUUGCCUUCACCGCUAAGGAAGCAUCGGAUGCUCCCUCGUUCUCAGCUCAAAAUACUGUUGAAAUUUUAAGAUACCUUACUAGGGAGUAUAUUAAGGCAUCCAGGAUUUCGAACAGCCUCCUUCUCGAGAGCACGCGUAGGAUGACGUAAAAUGCGUCUACGUAGAGAGCGCACUAGGUUUUCGAACACACUCCAGGUCUACUGGUGGAACAAUGAGAUGCUCCUUGUUUUAAAUCUGAGAUUGCCAAAUUUAUUCAUUAUAUAAGAUAAGAUUAUAAGUCUUUUAUUAUACCACGGGGGGAGUUUGCAUUGUUACAGCAGCAAGACUGGUAAAGGUAUAGAAAUAUAAAGAUAUAUAUGUUUUUAUAAGUCUAGUAACUCUAUAAUAACAGUGACUUCAGAUCCAAGCUGCCAAACGCUGGUUUUCAAUUAUGGAGCAUAGAACUAAGUACAUUAAACGCUAUACUGUAUUUUUCUACUUCACAUUAGAGCUGGUUUAUCUGUAAAAUGCUUCAUAUUCUGUCCUGAUCUUUAUAAUAGCAAACCAAUAAUCAUGACUUGUUCUGGUCACUAAACAUCCAUUCCCCCGUCCUCAUGUAACAAAUCAUAUAUUUUUAUUUUUAUUUUGUUGACCGAUGGAGCGAGUUGAGCGUGUGCUGCUGCUGCUUUUUUGUAACCGGAUGCAGUCCCGUUGUCCACUCGUGUCUUAAAAUCAGAGGUGUGAGGACGUUUUGCGGUCGGUUGUUAAUAGUGGGGAUGUUACUGCAAUGAAAAACGUGCCUUAGAGUAAAAGGAUCGUUUGCACGAAAAGCGGCAUAAGCGAUCAAAUCCAAAGACUUGGACUUUCUGGUUUACAGUAGAGCUUAGUAGUGAAAAUCUGAGAGUAAAAAUGCCCGUUAUUUUUCACAUACCUGCUCACAGUUAGCUAAAUGACUGUUAGGGCUGCAACUAAACUAUUUAGCGCUGCAACUAAACUAUUUAGCCACCGAUUCAUGUAUCUGUUAUAUUUAAAAACGAAUAAAUUGGGUUUUUAAAAACUUUUUUUACAUUUUAUAUUGUCACUUCAAGCAAAUCCAGUGUCUAAUAUGUAUGUUCUAAAUAAAUAAUUAAAACAGUGACUUGUUACAUACAUAAGACAUAAAAUCAGUUAGGGUAGAAUUGGACUAUUCCAUAAAUAGCUUAAAGUGCUUUAAUUUUACUCUGUAAAUAUUGGAUUAUAUUUUUAUUUGACUGGUAUAAGUUCAUCAAGUAUUAAGAGGAAGAAAAUCUUACAUAGCCUCUGUGUUCCUGUGAACACUUAAUGUACCCUCGCCCUCAUCUUUGCCGUGCCACAAUUUAAUCCUGGAGAUCCACUAACAGUUCAUUGGACCUCAAAGGGUUGCGUAAAUUUAGGCAAUUUUCUUUUCCAAACCGGGUGGACUCCAGUUUUGCUGUCAGGGAUAAAUCAAUCAACCAGGAUGCACCCGACCACACUUUUGAGUAUCACAGCACAUAGUUGAAGUUUUUACUUCAUCAUGAUGGGUAAUUAAAAAGUAGAUUCAUGGGUUAAAAAUGCAAUGAUAUUAAUUCACAAAAUCAAAUCCACAACGCAGUUUGUUUGUUUAUUAGGAUUUUAACGUCAUGUUUUACACUUUGGUUACAUUCAUGACAGAAAUGGUAGUUGAUAUAAGUUUAUAUCAAACACACUCAUGGACAACUUAGUGUCUCCAAUUCACCUCACUUGCACAUCUUUGGACUGUGGGAGGAAACCGGAGCUCCCAGAGAAAACCCACGCAGACACGGGGAGAACAUGCAAACUCCACACAGAAAGGGCCCGGACCACCCCACCUGGGGAUCGAACCUAGGAUCGAAGCGGUUCCCACUUCACCAUGCAGUAAAAUGUGCAAAUAGUCAAGCAGUCUGAAUACUUUGAGUCCACUGUAAAUCAUCUAAAUCAUCAUUUUGUGAAUUUCCCCACUGUGGGACUAAUAAAGGAUUAUCUUCUCUUAAGAUAAAUAUUAAAUAAAACAAAGACUAAUUUGCUGUUGCUGUUAUUUAGUUGUUGCAGCCCUGAUGAUUAUAAAUGUUUCAAAGAAGAAUUUAAUAAAAAAUAAUAAUAAUAACAUUUAAUUAUCUUUGAAGGUGUCUGUAAAAUACUAUAUAACCUUUACUGCCCAGGCAAAAACCAUCUAAUCACAUAUCCGUGACUCCACAUUCAGUAGCGAACUACUGACAAUACGACUGAAUGCUUUUCAAACAAUUGAGGGUUUCGCUCAGGAACCCAACAUUGGCAGAUUUGGGACUUGAACUGGGGCAACCUUUUAAUUACUAGUCCGCUGAGCUACCACUGCCCUGGUUACAGGAUUCACCAAACUAAAUCAAUUUCAUACAAAACACAAAUUCAUUUAAAGUAUUUACACAAACAUUUAUUCAUUUUCUUAUCCGCUUAUCCAAUUUGAGUGGGGAGGGGGGUGCUGGAUUCUAUCCCAGCUUUUCAAUGGGCGCAAGGCACACAGUAACACCCUUGACGGGACGCCAGUCUAUCGCAGGGCAGACAUACACACACACAUACACACACAUUCACUUAUAGGGCAAUUCAGUGUCUCCAAUUAAUCUGGCUGCAUGUUUUUGGACUGUGGGAGGAAACCGGAGCCCCUGGAGGAAACCCACUCAGACACGGUGAGAACAUGCAAACUCCGCACAGAAAGGACCCAGAACGCCCCGCCUGGGGAUCGAACCCAGGACCUUCUUUUACACAAACACUAUUAACAAAACAUAAAACACAACGAAAGGUCCUUUACUGUAGAAAUGAUGGGUUAGAUACUGCUUUACUGUCCUAAAAUAAAAAGUACACAGUCAUGUGUUCCUAACAUUCUGAAUUAAAAAGGUAUCAUGUGAUGAUUUAUUUCUUAGGAGGCUUGAUUUAAUGCUUCAGACUUUUAUUAAAGGAUUUCCUGAAAUGUCUACAGAUAAAAUAAACAGAAACUUGGGCAACUACUGUUGAGCUCUAGUGUUAAAUCUUUCAAGUUCAAAUACUAAACAAUACUGUUAUAGUUCUUUUCCACCACCCAGUACACUAGUAUGGUACAUUUUCUAAUCUGUUUGCCUACUUUCAGUACUUGUUUCUGCUGCCAAGUGACCUGUAAUGUACCCAAGUGUGCAGUCUAAAUUUGGUUAGCCUUCCAAGCAUACCAAUAAUGAAUGUAUGAAUGUGCUGCCAAAUAGUGCCAACGAUUGGUUGAUGCAGUAAUAAAGAAAUAAAUAAUUAAUUGGAAAUAUAAAGGCAGUCACCUUCAGGGACUGUGUCAUGGCUUUGAACGAGUACUGAAGCGCUCCAUAGUGUUCUGUGCAUUAGAAAAGCAACCUUAGCUUUAAGCAGACCAAAUCCAGAGGUGCUGUAGAUGAAGCAGAUGACAGAUCGGAGUGAAAAGUGGGUCUGAAAGGGAACAGAUUUAGUCUAGGUGAGGAAUUCCAUACAUUUAACUGUCAGGGGGCUUAACAUGUUUACUGGCACCCCUGUCUACAUUUGUAUGUGAUAAAAUGUGGGCGAUGUUUAGAAAGGUUAGAGAAAAUCACCACAGCAUGACUAGCAAUACUAGUUCUUAUUAGUUCAUAAUCUACCACUAUAGCUACGCUUGAUACUAACUGUUACAGAUCACGAGCUGUUGUUCAUCUAUGAACAAGACCGUAUUAGUAUACUGAAUAAAAAGCUUUUAUUUAAGGCAUUAUUAUUUCAUCAAUUCAUAUAUUUUCAGUGUUCUUCACUUCAGCUCUGAUCACAUAGCUAUACUACGUUUUAUAAGAAUCGGUGUGUUACGGUCUGGGAUGAAUGAACUACCUUGGACAUGAUCAAAUAUGAGGUAUAUUUAUUGUGAUAAUCAAAUGUACACUAUCCCGAUAUAAAUGACUUUAAUGUUGCAGUGCAAUGGCUUUACAGUAUACUCUUAUGUUUCUAAAUAAAACCAGUAAUAUAUA